AUGGAGUUUGAAAGAACAGAGGAAAAGUACCGUUCAAUAAAAGAAAAAUUGAGUCAGGCCUACAAAGACAUAAUAAUCGAAACACCAAAGGCAAGUACUAGUGCGAGCGAGUCUGAGGAACAAGGAACGGCUGGAAGACAAGAAUCGGCUCAGUCACCACAAGGGUUUAAUAUCAAUGCUAUAAAAAACAAGGGGUAUUCGCAAAAGACUACGGAACUGCUCAGCAUGCAGGAAGUAUUAUUCAGGACCUCCGAACACCAUUCUAUUAAAUUUAAUAUAGAGUCCACCAAUGACAAGUGGGAACUCAUGGAAAUAUGGGAGGGUGUAAAGUCGCGUUGGGAGGGGAUUCAUAACCGUCACCUAGAGAUAGACAUCGAACUCGCGGGAACUUUCCCGGAAUAUCAAAAAAAAUAUUUCGAACAGGCAGAAGAAUUUAUGCGCCAAAGGAAGGAGAUGAAUCUCAAAUUGCGCUCUAUCACCCCUAAUGAGAAAUUAACCCCACGCAUGAAUUAUAAAGAAAGGCUUGAUACAGUUUUAGGACUGCAGAUAUGUAUUAAUUGUUUCUGUAACCACGAUGUCAAGGAUUGUGCUUCAACAAGCAGAUGCAGAGUUUGCUAUCAGAAGCAUAAUACAAAGUUACAUAAUGCAUUAAAUAAUUCGAACUCGCCUAAUCGCCCAUCUACAAGCAAAUUUCAAUAUAAAAAUUAUCCAAGGGAGCAGUCGAAAAGGAUAUACACGACCUCUAAGGAUUUUUCAGAAGUCCUCUUAGCAACAGCAAAAAUUAAAGUUUUAGGGGUUAAUGGAAAAACCUACCUCAUGCGCGCACUUAUUGACCAGGGGUCUCAAAUAUCAAUCAUUAGCGAAAAGGCAGCACAGCUGUUGAAACUAAAGAGGGAAGGCUGUUAUGGUGUUAUCUCGGGAGUGGGGGAAAACACACAAAGGAUCAAGGGUCAGGUUACAUUGACCUGUUCUUCUAUUCACACCAACUAUACACUAAAAUCAAAAGUUUUUAUUAUGAAUAAUCUAGUGCAUAAAUUACCAAACAACUCCUUUAAUAUGCCGUCAUGGCCAUAUAUAAAAAAUAUCGAGUUGGCAGAUCCCGAAUUUAAUAAAAGCAGCCAAAUAGAUAUAUUAUUUGGGGCCGAUGUCUACUCUGAAAUUAUUAUGAGUGGAAUAUUAAGAGGUGAAAAUCCCUCACAACCUAUAGCGCAACAGACACGAUUGGGAUGGAUCUUAUGUGGGAAACUAAAGUCAUAUCAAUGCAACGUCAUACUAAAUAGCACUGAAGACUUACAGAGAUUUUGGGAAAUAGAAGACAUUGAAGAGUCUCCAUCAGUAGUGUCCUCGGAAGACCAAUAUUGUCUUGAGUUGUAUAAAAACACAACACUGCGCCAAGCAAAUGGAAGGUACAAGGUACGACUUCCAUUAAAAGAUAACUUUGAACAAAGUUUAGGUCUGUCGAAACCAACGGCUGUAGCACAAUUUCAUAGCCUGGAACGGAAGUUAGCGAAGCAACCCAAAACCGCGAGGCAAUAUACAGACUUUAUAAAUGAGUAUAAAGACUUAGGGCACAUGUCUCUUGUCGAAAAAAAGGGCUCGGAAAUUGGGUAUUAUUUACCCCAUCAUUGUGUAACCCGGGAACACUCGGAAACCACAAAACUACGUGUUGUGUUCAACGGGUCAGCAAAGACAUCAACGGGAAUUAGUUUAAACGAUGUAAUGUAUACAGGCCCCAACCUACAACAAGACUUGCAAUCCCUUAUAUUAAAAUGGAGAAGUUUUCGAUAUGUAUACACCGCAGAUGUGGAGAAAAUGUUCAGAAAUAUUGACAUCUUUGAGUGUGAUCGGAAAAUGCAAAAAAUUAUUUGGCGGGACACACAAACUCAACCGUUACAGGAAUACGAACUGACAACUGUAACGUAUGGCACAAAGGCGGCGCCCUUUUUAGCCAUGAUGACGCUAAAACAGCUAGCUAUGGAUGAGAGACCUCGGUUUCCACGGGCAGCGGAAAUUACAGAACAAGCAUUCUAUACAGAUGACUUAAUUUAUGGGGCUCAUUCUAUAGAAGAAGGAUGCAGCAUGGUAACAGAGUUACAGGAUUUGUUGCAGGCAGGGGGCUUUAUGUUAAGAAAAUGGGCUUCCAACGAUCCAAGAAUAUUGAAAAGGCUUUCGGAAAAAAUUAACAAGGAUCAGAAUCAACAAAUAUUUACGUUUAAGGGGGAUCUUAUUUCAAAAACAUUAGGGGUAUACUGGAACCCGAAGGAAGACUGCUUUAUGUUUCAAUCAUCAUUUGAUUUCUCGAAUAAAACAACCAAAAGAGCGCUGUUGUCAGAUAUAUCGAAGCUAUUUGACCCACUAGGUUGGUUAGCGCCUGCAAUCACGGCCAUGAAAAUAAUUUUUCAAGAAGUGUGGAAGCAAAACAUUAAGUGGGAUGAUCAAACCCCUACUUCUAUUGUGAAAAAAUGGAACCAAUUUAAAGAAGAGUUAGAACUAAGUAUUUCUAAAAUAAGAAUCCCUAGAUGGUUACAAACUAGUCCGGACAGCACAAUAGAGCUACAUGGAUUUUGUGAUGCAUCAAACAAAGCAUAUGCCGCAGUUGUUUACUGUCGAAUAAACAACAAGGUCUCAUUGGUGGCAGCCAAAACAAAAUUGGUACCCAUCAAAGGGAAAAUCUCAAUCCCGAGAGGUGAAUUAUGUGGAGCAGUUUUAUUAACAAAGUUACUUAUUAAAGUAAAAACAUGCUUUGGGAAUAAUAACAUUAAGUGUUAUGGUUGGACGGACUCUAUGGUAACAUUGGGGUGGAUACAGGGACAACCUGAGAAAUGGAAGCCGUUUGUAAGCAACAGAGUUAAGCAAAUUUGUCAAGAUAUGCCGUCAAAUACAUGGCGCUAUGUUAAAUCAGAGGAAAACCCUGCAGAUUGCGCCAGUCGGGUCCACUGUGUAGUGGUAUGGGAGUGGCAGCAUGACGGCCAGUGGCUGCCUCAUUCGCCUGGUGUUGCCAGGACGUUAGAACGAGCCCAUGCCAAGAAACUAACCAGGGUUGUCCUAGCAGAUGCUGAACCAGCUCUUAAGGGGCACUAUGUCAAUUUACGCACUUUGACUCAGUGUUCAGAGACACAAGGUAUAUCAGAAUGUUGUGUACGACGAUCUUGCUACAGCGUGAGUUCUCCUGGAGGGCGCGGCUUGCGCUGGGAGUGGGCGCGACUAGCAGAUCCUCCCAGAGCCGCUGAGCUUUAUGAUCCUCUGCCUAUGGAGGUACAAUGUCGUCUAGAAGAGGCUUGGGAGCGGGGAAUUGAAGCUGUCACUAUCCAGUAUGACUGCCCAACGUCACAUCACAGGUUUGCCUGGGGUGUUGAGACUUCUACGAAGGGCUGCGCAUCCACCCUACCCUCUCACCCGCUCUACACCCCCUCCGCCUGCCCCACCUGA